AUGCCAACUCCCGAGUUCGCCACAACGAGAUCAGCUCAUGGUGAAGCCAUUGAGAUGGCUCGAAUCGAAUCAAUUGCAACAAAACCGGCCUCCGAGGCGGAUAGACGCAACCACACCACCGACACGAAUCCCGGCAACCAUGCUGUCACGGAGGCUACAGAACGGACUCAGAGUGCUUGGCACUCGAGCAUCAAUAGGUCCAGGCUUUCUGCCGUAUGCCUGUCCAGCUUUUUAAACGGUUUCAGCGAUGCCGGUGCCGGUGCCAUAAUCCCUUACGUGGAGGAGCACUAUGGCAUAGGGUAUGCCGUGGUUUCGCUCAUCUUCGUGGGGCAAGCACUUGGUUUCAUAGUUGCUGCUUUUGUCCUCGAUUCAUUCCGAGUCAAGUUUGGCCGUGCCACAGUUUUGUUUGUGGGCAAUGUGUCACUGAUUUGCGGCUCCAUUCCCGCUGCUGCCGCCGCCCCUUAUCCCUUCAUCCCCAUCUCGUUCUUUUUCGUUGGUUUUGGGGCUGCUAUCAACAUGGCCUUGGGAAACAUCUUUUGUGGCGGCCUUCGAAACGGCACGUUGAUUUUGGGUAUUCUGCACGGUUUUUACGGUAUUGGCGGGACCAUCAGCCCUCUUAUUGCCACGGCCAUUGUUGGGGCCGCGAACGCGACCUGGAGCACAUUUUACUUGGUUCCUCUGGGUAUCAGUUUGUGCACACUUCUAUCCUCUGUAUGGGUAUUUCGGGACUACGAGCGGGAACUCGAUCCAGGCGCACGAGAAAACGAAAUGACGGCAACCUCUGCGUCCGUUCUUUCUAGUAUCCUAGCCACUCUUCGCAUGCGCUUGGUUCUAUCAGGGGCAAUCUUCAUCUUUGCAUAUCAAGGCGCCGAGGUAUCUAUUUCCGGAUGGGUGAUCUCGUUCCUGAUUGAGGCUAGAGAUGGGGAUCCCGCGAAGGUUGGUAACGUCACAGCUGGGUUCUGGGCUGGCAUUACGGUUGGACGAUUCGUCUUGUCAGCGCCAGCGCAGCGUUGGGGUGAAAAGAGUUUCGUUUAUGGGUUUACUGUUAUUGCUUUUGCUUUGCAACUUCUUGUAUGGCUUGUCCCUAAUGUUAUCGGGAACGCAGUUGCAGUAUCGGUGGUUGGCCUAAUGUUGGGGCCUGUCUAUCCCUGUGCCGCAGCUGUCUUCAUGCGAAACAUGACGAGAAGGGAGGCUUUAAGAGGGAUGGUGACGAUUAGCGCUUUUGGAAGUUUGGGAGGUGCGGUGGCGCCUUUCUUCACUGGCCUUCUAGCCCAGCUUUCCGGAACAUUCGUGCUGCAUCCUAUCGUCAUGUUUUUGAUGGCGGUGAUGCUGGUUUGCUGGUACGGAAUACCGCAGCGUCCGAAAAGGGAGGAAUAG